GGGGGCCACCGGCGAGCUGACCCAGCUCAUCAACGCCAUGCUGACGGCUAUCAAAGCCAUCUCCUCGGCCGUGCGCAAGGCGGGCCUGGCCCACUUGUGAGUACCGGAGCCUGCGCUGGAUCCAAUGCAUGAAUGCACGCAAAGGGUCGUGGGGGCAUGCUGCCGCCUAUCCCAGCUGACAGGCGGGGUACACCCUGGACUGGUGGCCAGCCUAUGGCAGGGCACAUAUAGACAAACAACCAUUCACACUCACAUUCAUACCUAUGGACAAUUUAGAGUCUCCAAUAAAGCUAACAUGCAUGUUUUUGGAAUGUGGGAGGAAACUGGAGAACCCGGAGAAAACCCACACGCACACGGGGAGAACAUGUGAACCCAGGUCUUCCCUAUCUCCAGACGGUGACUGUGUGGCCAGCAUGCUAACCACAAGACCACCGUGCGGCCCUAUUAUGAUGAUACAGUAUAUUAAUACUUCCUCCAUGAUGGCUUUACAUUUGUUCACGUAUGCCUCUUGUUGCGGACAGUUAAAGCCCUUUUUGCAUCCUUGUCACCCUUACUUUAUUUUCCUCCUUCUUCAUGGCACGAAGCCAAGAUUCAUUUAUUCCGUCAUGGCGACCCACAGCUGCAUGAGUUCUACCUUCCUUCAGCAUGUCCACAAAUCCAACUUUUUGUGCAUCUUCCUCUGCCUUUUGGGUGCAACUGCACGUGCCUUUGUCGGUGCAGAACAUUCAGAGAGAAAACUUGCAAACAUACAGCACUUACGCUGCUAGCAUCGAACAAUUAUGCAAAUUAGGCAAGCUGAAAGCCUUCUGUACUGUACAGUACCAGGCCGUGGGUCAUUUGGUACCGGGCCGCACAGAAAGAAAAAAUAAUUUCCAUUAUUUCAUUUUUUUGUUUUAUUUUGAAAAGUGGCCGGAUUCUCUCUCUUACAUCCGUCGCACUUGACGCAUGUCCAUUGUGCGUGUGCUAACUUUAUCUCAUGCCGCACAGAUAGACUACUACUGUAUUUUUUACCAUUUUUCUUUCACCUCAUAUUUGGUCUCAAAUGCUGAUACUAUGUGGGAAUGCAUAAAGACAGGGCAUGGCGGGCUGUGUCAACGUGACGGGCGAUGACGUGAAGAAGCUGGACGUCCUGUCCAACGACCUGGUGGUGAACAUGCUGCGGGCCUCCUACGGCUCCUGCUGCAUGGUCUCUGAGGAGGACAAGGAGCUCAUCAUCACUCCUAAAGACAAGCGGGGAAAGUACGUGGUGUGUUUUGACCCUCUGGAUGGCUCCAGUAACAUCGACUGUUUGGCCUCCAUUGGCACCAUAUUUGCCAUCUACAAGAGGGUGUCAGAGGGCGAGCCCACAGUGGAGGAUGCCCUGCAGCCGGGUGACAACAUGGUGUGCGCCGGCUACGCCCUCUAUGGCAGCGCCACGCUGGUGGCCCUCAGCACCGGUGACGGCCUCAACUUUUUCAUGCUCGACCCAGCCAUCGGAGAGUUCAUCCUGACCGAGAGGAACGUCAGGAUCAAACCCCGAGGAAAGAUCUACAGCGUGAACGAGGGCUACGCCAAGUACUUCCACGCCUCCGUCAACGACUACAUCCGGCACAAGAAGCACCCUGAGGAUGGCAGCUCCCCGUACGGCGCCCGCUAUGUGGGCUCCAUGGUGUCCGACGUCCACCGCACCAUCACCUACGGGGGCAUCUUCAUGUACCCGGCCAAUGAGAAGAACCCAGAAGGAAAGCUGCGGCUGCUGUACGAGUGCAACCCCAUCGCAUUCCUGGUGGAGCAGGCGGGAGGCCUGGCCACCACGGGCACCCAGAGGGUCCUGGCUGUGCGACCGCAGGCCCUCCACCAACGGGUGCCCUUCGUGGUUGGCUCCCCGGACGACGUCAACGAGUACUUGUCCUUCGUCAGGAAGUACCAGUAACUGUGGACUCUUGGAAUGGCAUUUUGUCAAAUUCGUUUUUUGGCAACUUUAUUCCCACAGAUGGUAGUGUCAACUUUGUGCAAUAACGACAAUAUCUGAUGUGCCUUCUGCUGCAGUACUCCAGAAAGAGGAAGUGAGUUAGCGAGGGUGCUUUCACACAAACUUGACACAACUCCAGUGAUUAAAAAUGAAAAGUGACUUAUCGAACGGGUCAUCAGUUUAGCAUGUGGGUGUCUUUCGUGUCUUCAUUCGUCUUGUUAGCGUGUGAAUGCCUCUUUAAGUGUACUUUAGCCUGCGAGCUUGUCCGUAACGUUAAGGGGUAUCACUCAAGUACUACUUAUUUGAUCUAUCGUCUGUUUCACGUAUUGCGCUACUACCGCUCUUCCUGUUUAUAUUUUUGCGCCCACCGCUGACCAAUUGGUGAAGAGAGGGUUGUCACAUGGCUUUUUGACGCAUUCAGGUGCGCUUGGAAUGACGAUUUCUUUGGCGUCUUAGCAUAGCAUCUCCGGUUUCUGAUAUAAUUGUUAUUUGUAGUUAUUUAAUGCUACUUCACAGUGAAAUUGUACUUUAGUCCGUCUCCUUUGUGGCCAGGUUUUUUAGGUGAAAGCUAAGACUCUUUAAAGUGUUAGUCUGUUUCACGUACUACUACCGUCCACCUCAGACCAAUUGGAGAACAGAGGGUUGUCACGUGGCUUGUUGUGACGCAUUCAGGUACUCUUGAAAAGUUGACACCAACGGCGGUUUCUUUUGUGUCGUAUCUUAGCAUCUGUGUCUGAUGGAAUUGUGAUUCGUAGUUCUUUCAUACCAGUUUAUGUUGGAAUUGUACUUUAAUCCAUCUCCUCUGGGGCCAGGUUUUUUUUUAGGUGAAAGCUAAGACUCUUUCGAAUGUUAAGUUUAAUUAAGUUCAUUCCAUAAACUAGCUUCAACCUCACGAAGCAACACAUCAAUAAUCUCACGUGUGCCGCUGUUUAUUGAUCAUGUGACAUAUUGUCUAGUAUGUAUGAUGCUCCUUUAGAAUUUAUUGAAUAGGACUGAUUAGCAAGAGACAAAUCAAUAGGUCUGCGUUAAAUGCGAUACUAACAAGCUUUCUUAAAUGCAUCGCAUGUUGUUAAUUCCUAAAGUGUGCUUUAAAGUUAAUGCAAUUUAAAAUCAAAUAGAAAACAAUACACAAAAUAAGAGAUUAGUGUUUCACA